UUCUUGUCUGUUGUCUGUGGUGUGUUGUGCUUUUGUUCGAAAAGUUUGUGUUGUGAAGUUGUGAUGAUUUAUUGGUAGAUUUGUUUCUAUCGCAAUUUUACGUAAAUGUUCUAUGAAAUCCGAAUAAACAUUUCUUAAAACAUUGUAUUAUUAAAGUUUAUGUUAAUUUUUUAUUACGCUACAGUUAUUUCAGAUGCAAGAACAAUCAGCUGACAUGUUUAAAAAAAUAGAAUUUGAAAAUGGCACUUUUCUCAGUGAGGAGGAUUUUAAACAUAUCAAUGGGGACAUAUCAUUUAUGCCAGACAUCUGUGUGAUGGAAAACUUUCUUGUGGAUGAGGACACAUUAGAUGCUGCUGUCAAGUUUAAUCAGGAAACGGAGACAUUUGUUCCAACCUCGCCUAUAGGACCUCCGGAGACAGCAAGCUUUCCUGGAUAUCUCAAUUUUGGUGUGGAAAUAAAAGGUUCUGAGACCGAUAAGAAAAAGUUCUUGUACUCUGCGCGGUUGAACCGCAUCUACGUGGACAUGGGCGUGGAGUUCCCGGUGCACUUCACGUGGGACACACGCAAGCAGCACGCGCUCUCUCCGCACGCCGAGCUGUACGUGCGGGCCACCGUAGUCUUCUCCGACGACGCGCAGGCGGAGAAGCGCGUCGAGCGCUGUCUGCAGCACGCGCACGAACCCAACAACCCCGGCGACGAGGCGAUAGUGCGCAACGUGCUGCGGUCUGCGCGCGCGCUGGGCACGGCGGGCGUGCACUACUGCGGCGCGGCGCGGCGACCCGACUCCUGGCUCUCGGUGCUCGUGCGUCUGCCGCAGCCCGCGCCGCACGCAUACCAGUUCGUCUGCAAGAACUCCUGCUCCUCCGGCAUCAACAGGCGCAACACCGCCAUCGUCUUCACCCUCGAGGAUCACCUCGGUCAGAUCCUGGGGCGGCAGAGCGUGGGUGCUCGCGUGUGCGCCUGCCUGAAGCGCGACCUGCGCCGCGACGAGGAGGAGCUGGGCAAGGGCAAGCGCCGCCUCACCUCCGCCCCCGCGCCGCCCCCGCACCAGGACACCUGCAAGAAGGUCAAGAUCGAAGUGCCCGAGACCGACGAGGAGCUCAUCACGCUGCCCAAGCUGCAGAUAAAGGGCGUGAAGACAGUGGUGACGGGGCUGGAGGUGAUGCAGCGCAUGAUGGAGCUGAGCGCGGGGGAGGCGGCGCGGCGCAAGGACCAGCGCGCCGCAGACCAGUACGCCGGCUGCCUCGCCACCCUCACGCACGCCAUCGACAACCUCAAGAAGAGCCUCGCGCGCGACCAGACGCAGUAGCAUCUGUUGACAACAGUUGCCGCACUGGGAUACUGCUGUCACUGGACAGACAUAUAUAUGUCCCGUCCCAUACAAUGCUGGUAAGUGCUAACUAAAAGGAGUGCCUUAGUGUAGGUUAAAUAUAACAUAUAGGGCGGCAUUUUUACAUACAUUUUUUUACGCUAAAGUUAUCGUAAUAAAACAUAUGUUUAACUGUUUAAAUUACGUAAAUAACUAUUUAGUAGUAAUAGUACACUUUUAAACACCUUAUUUGAUGAUUGAAAUAUAUAAAUCAAAGUUUUUACUUUUUUAUAUAGAGCAGUUUUAUGCAAUUUUCUAAAAACAUAAUUUUUAAAUGCGAAAUAUCCUUUAAAAGAGAUGCAAAUUUUUUACAUAUUUACGUUAAUAAUAUGCAGAUGAAUUGAUAACCUCCUUCUUUUGAAGUCAGAUAAAAGUGAUAUCUCGAUACAGAAAAUUAGUGAAAAUACAUUUUUUCUUUGAUACAAGUACAUUUUACAUUUUAAUUUUUUGUAAAUGU